CACUUCAUAGGUACAUUGAUCGUGACUUGCAGAUGACCCCUAUUGAUUUUCAGGUCACUAGGUCAAAGGUCGAGGUCACAGUGACAAAAGUCGUAUUCACACAAUGGCUGCCAGUACAACGGACAGCCCAUAUGUGGGGCAUGCAUGUUUUACAAACAGCCCUUGUUUCUAUAGAUUUCAGCAAGACCCACCAAUGGAUAAUAGACAUACAAGACCCCACUGUUGACAUUAUAUGCUUACAGGCAUUGAGGCAACUAUACAGGAGUCAGAGCCUCUCAUGAUACAACAGGCCAGUGUUAACUGUGCUGAUCAAAUGCAAUCUACAGGUUUCACUUUGGUUCUUUCAGAGUCCAUGUCAACUGCUGACAGUGAAGAGCCAGGCAGUCUGACCCAUGAUAGGAGGGAGCCAAGUGAAGAGCCAGCCAGUCUGACCCAUGAUAGAAGGGAGCCAAGUGAAGAGCCAGCCAGUCUGACCCAUGAGUCCAUGUCAACUGCUGACAGUGAAGAGCCAGGCAGUGUGACCCAUGAUAGGAGGGAGCCAAGUGAAGAGCCAGCCAGUCUGAGCCAUGAUAGAAGGGAGCCAAAUCCUCAAGAGUCCAUGUCAACUGCUGACAGUGAAGAGCCAGGCAGUCUGACCCAUGAUAGGAGGGAGCCAAGUGAAGAGCCAGCCAGUCUGACCCAUGAUAGGAGGGAGCCAAGUGAAGAGCCAGCCAGUCUGACCCAUGAGUCCAUGUCAACUGCUGCCAGUGAAGGGCCAGCCAGUCUGACCCAUGAUGAAAUGAGGCAGCCAAAUCCUCAAGGGACAGGGACAAGAAAAGGAAUGAAACGAAAGUGGGCCAGCGAAGAGAACAUAUGUUUCAUGAACUUUUUUAGAGAUGAAUUAAGAGAAAAAAAAAUGCCAUCUGGCUCAAAAAUAAUGGGGGUCCCUAAAAAUACUUACCGGAAGAACAGUGGCCCAGAUAAGGGCAAGGGUCCAUAACAUUAUUAUGGAAAAACAAAAAUGGAAAAAGAAUUGUUGAACUGUGGAAUAUGUUUAUGCCCCUGGUAGGGUGGCAUAUAGCAGUUGAACUGUCCGUCAGUCAGUCAGUCUGUCCAUCUGGCCGAAAACUUAUAUGGCCAUAACUUUUUCAAUAUUGAACAUAGCAACUUGAUAUUUAUACCCCUAUUACAAUUGGUAAUGGGGGCUAUAUAGGAGUCACGUUUGUCGGUCUGUCCCGAUAUUUCAUCCGAUAUUCACCAAACUUGGUCAGUAGUUGUAUGUAGAUAAUGUCUAGAUCAAGUUUGAGUAUGGGUCAUGCCAGGUCAAAAACUAGGUCAUGGGGUCACUUAGUAUGUUUUAAACUGUAAGUUUGUACGGACCAUAGCUAUAUUAUUUAUCGUUACAUUUUUAAAUGACUCGGUACAUUUGUUCACCAUCAUGGAACGGUGUGUCGCGUUAAAAGAAAUUACGUCAAUAUCUCAAAGGUCAAGGUCACACUUGGGAGUUCAAAGGUCAAAUGCUUGUCCGGGCCAUAGCUUUGUUUUUUAUUGUGAGAUUUUAAAAUCAUUUGGCACAUUUGUUCACCAUCAUUGAACAGUGUGUCGGGCGAAAGAAUUACGUCGAUAUUUCCAAGAACAAGGGCACAAUUUGAGUUUAAAGGUAAAAAAUGGCCAUAAUUGAGCUUGUCUGGGCAAUAACUAUGUUGUUUAUUGUGCGAUUUUAAAAUCGUUGGCUCUUUUGUUCACCAUCAUUUGACAGUGUGUCGCGCGAAAGAAUUACGUCGAUAUCUUCAAACUCAAAGUUGUAGUUUUAGUUCAAAGGUCAAAAAUGGCAAUAAAUUAUCUUGUCUGGGCCAUAAAUAUGUCAUUCAUUGUAAGAUUUUAAAAUAACUCUGUACAUCAAUUUUGUUCAAAGUCAUUGGAAGGCUUGUCAUGUGAAACAAUUCAAGAGUUCAAAGGUCAAAAUGGCUAUAAAUGAUAAUGGCAUAAUGAUUCUUAAAAAAUCGCCUUAAAUUGUAUUAUCUUGUUUUGUGAAGACAGCAUACAAAAUAGUCUGUGUCAAUGCGUUAUGUGGGGGUAUAUGUCACGUCUGUGACAAAGCUCCAGUUGGCAUGCAUGUGCAUCUUGUGAAGCUGCACA